CAACUCCUCACUCUCUCUCGCCGGCGAUUGAGCACCAUGGCAAUCCCUGCUGCUUCCGCUUUGGCGAAACCGAAGCCAAAGAUAACGGCGACGAGCUCGUCAACGACGUCGAGGUUCAGAGCCUACUCCAUGCCGCUGAUUCUCUUCCUCGCCGCCAUGUAUUUCCAGCUCUCUGUUAUCCCCAAAUCCUUCCCUCCUUCUCACUACGACGUUCUUGGCCUGAGGGAGAGCUCCAUUGAAGAAGUGAAGGCGGCCUACGACAACGUCUCUUCCACCUGGAAUGAAGAAGCACAAGCUCCGGAUUCUCUCGAAUUUAUAGAGGUUCGAUAUGCUUAUGAGUUGCUGACAAAUCCGUCAUGGAAAAGAAACUAUGACAUUUUUGGUUUUGAGGAGCAAAUAGAUGUCAUUGAGAAGCUCAAAAAACAAUAUGCUGGAGAAAGCUUUUCACUCAUAGACCUUCCCUUACUAGAGUCUGCUGCUUCUGGUAAAAGUCAUUUUCUUCUCAAAAACAGGGGAGCGUCCAGCCCCAUUCGUACGCCAAGGCCUUUUAACAAUUCACAUCUCUUAAAUAUCAUCGAACAGAAUAAAGAGCAGGAGCUUCCUCAGUUGAGGAGUACAACGUCUAUGCAAUUGGGUUGCGAUGCCCAUGGGUUUUCUCGUGCUGGAUUUGAUACAGUUACUUGGUACUGUGCUGUUAUAGCCGGAAGGCAUAGCUUGCAACUCAGUGAAAUGCGCAGAACCAUGUGCAGGGUUCAAGAUACUUUAUCGAAUGAAGUUGAAUCAGCUGAUGAAGAACCAGAUACAGCACCAGCAGCACAUGCACUUAAAAGUAAACGACUGACAUUUGCUUGGCUUGAUGGGGAAGUCCAAAAGAAAUAUUGUCUCUUCUUCCUCCAAUCUGAAACCAGCUAUGAAACAUGUGGAUCAAGGACAGAUAUGACCGAUGUCACUAAGUUGUUUAUAAUACGCUACAAAAGAAAUGUAACAGAAGAGAGCGAUAAACCCGAGGGAAAGCCAAAAAGCAUAUGGGAUUCACUUCAAGACCAGGAAUUAGAUCCUGCAGCACAGCUUGUGGCAAAGUACAAUGGUUCACAUGAAAUUCCAGAGAGAACAAGAACUCCUCAACUUGUUCCUGAUGAUUCAGAACCAAUAUGGUCUGGCAGUGUUCAACGUAUCCCUUCACCAAACACAAUAAAGCAGAGCAUCACUGGCAUUUUACGUGGAGUACAUGAUCAUAUGGAAGAUCCUAGAAUUGGUCCCAUCUUGCUUCUGGCAGCACUAAUGUCUUUCGGUAGCAUAUGGCUUCGAAGAAGUCAAGCAACUCCAUUGUCAAACCAGCCAAAUUCCAAGGACAGAACUAGACGAAGGAAGAGAGACCACAGUGGAGCCGCUUCUACCCGAGACCUACUUCCUUCCAUUACCGAUCUCGAACCCAGAGAUUCUUAUGAAAUGCCACAAUCAGUUUCCGACUCUGAUCAGUAGAGAUGCUGCUAGAGUGUUGGAGGUCUGUGGAGAAAAGAGUAGUCAGAAGGAAUUUAAGAUGCUGACUGCCAGUGUAGAUGAACAAACCCCAUAUAUCCUCGAACUACAGAUAACACCUUCCAGUCAAGUUUUCUCUUUAAUUUUGACAGAACAGUUUACUAGGCAUUUACUUUAGAAGAAAAUUUCAAGUCAGGCUAUGCUUUCGUGAAGGAAACUUUCCUUCUUUGUAUAUUUUCAUUUA